AUGGAUCAAAUGAAGGCCAUGAUGGCGAAGCUCAAGCGCCAGCGCGAGGAAGAGAAGAUGACCGCGCUCAAGGUCAGCGGCGAACCGGCGGCCAAGAAGAAGUACAUGCGCCGGGGCGAGAUCGAAGCGGCCCUUGAAGAGGAAGAGCGCCGGGCGCGCGAAGCCGUCGAGGCCGAGGCCGCCAAGAAGCGCGAGGCUGAAGAGCACACUGCGGCGCAGGCUGCUGCGCAAGCGUCGACAAACGAGACAAAGGCAGCCCCGAUGCAAGAGCGCGCUACCGAGACGAGCGCAGAUGACGGGCAGCUCCAUUUCACGCUGGCCGAGACGAAGAAGCGCCUGCGCCAGCUGGGCCAUCCGAUCACACUCUUCGGCGAGACCGACGAGGCGCGCGCUCGGCGCUUGGAGGCGCUCAUCCACUCGAACGAAGGCGGCGAGAUGGACCUCAACCAGGCCGGCUACAUUGACGCGCAGGAGGCCGACGAAGACAAGGAAGACGACGAGUACGACCACGACGGCGACGCGAAUAAGGACCACGAGAGCGAGUCAGACGAACGCAAGAUCUACCGCUUCUUCAAGGAGAUGCUCGGUCGCUGGGAGGAGGCGCUGGCCGCGCGGCCGGAGAGCGUCAAGCGGUCGGCGCAAGGCAAGAUCGCGACGCGCACCAUGAAGCAGUGCAAGGACUACAUUCGGCCGCUCUUCCGGCUCUGCAAGAGCAACACGGUGCCCGACGACAUCCUCAAGAACCUCGUCGACAUCGUCGGCUUUUGCAAGGCCGGCGAGUUUGUCUCGGCCAACGACUCGUACAUCAAGCUCGCGAUUGGCAACGCCGCGUGGCCCAUCGGUGUCACGAUGGUGGGCAUCCACGAGCGCACAGGCCGCGAGAAGAUCAACUCCAACAAGCAAGCGCACGUCAUGAACAACGAGCUACAGCGCAAGUACCUCACGUCUGUCAAGCGGCUCAUUACUUUUGCCCAGUCAAUCACGGACGUCCUCCCGUCCAAGAAGGUGUGCUAA